UGCCAAUGAAUACCGUUAUUCUUAAUCACUCCAAGAUUGGGCUGAAUGAUACCAUAACUAGUAAAUCAUCAAAAAGCGUCCAUAAGUACUGCUUCAAGUUUCACGCAACUAAUUUGAAAAGUCUAACAAAGAAGAGUGCAAGUGUAGGCCUUUGCCUUCAGAUAGACAACCCCAAACAAGGAAAGAAUAAAUCCAAGUCAUUGUUUAAGAAAGAUAAGCUUGAGAUAGAUAUCCCUCUGAUAAGAGAUUCAAAGAAGGCAUUUCUCAGAAAGAAUGCCCUUUUCAAAGUCUUGCUGAAGUCAGGUAAAAAUAAUGCCAAAGUCAUUGCUCAAGCAAUUUGAAAUGUAGCAGACUUGACUUAUCCACCAGAGAAGGCAAAUAUGGUGUUCGAGCAAAAGCUUAACUUGAAAUUUCAUAAAGCUAUGGGACCUGCAAAUGUGCUUAAGCAAUAUGCAUCUCUAAAUUUAAGUGUCAAGUCCAUGCUCAAAACAAAUCUUGGCAAUGGAAGUCCUUCAAAGAAUAUUCUGAAAAGUCUGGAUAAGACUGCAAAUCGGAAGUUAGACAACACUUCUUACCUUCAGGAUGAUAUCUCUAACAUAACUGAAAGUUUUCCCUUUGAUUUUGAAGAGUCGAUGCAGCUGGACAAUAACUUUGAUUCAAUCUUAUUUGAAGAGAGUCCUAUUCGAAACAGUAUAAAUAAGAAGAAAGAAAUGUGCCCUGGAGUUAGUAUAUAUAACGAUGAACCUGUUAAGGUUAAUACUUAUACCAUCGAUCUCAAUGCAGGUUCAAAAACUUCAAGAAAUCAAGAUAAGUCAAAGAAGUACAAAAAGAUAGAUAUUGGAGAUAUCGAAGGUGAAUCUAUAUGCUCCCAAAAAUUGUCUGAGGAUACUACAAAUAGCUCUCAUUUAAGACAGAAUUCCAACUGUGGAGAUAUUGCAAGUGAAAAAUCAUAUAUUGAAAAGGAUAGCUCAUAUUCAGUCAUGAAGGAACAGUUUGAGAGAGAAAAGAAUAACUGUAAAAUUGCUAAUAACCAAAAUGAAGCUCUUCUCCUCCAAAAGGCUGAUCUAUUUCAUAAAAUCACUCAACUACAGGAUCAGUUGAAGGUAUCUGAAGAGAGUCAGAAGAGUCUCUUGAAUGAGAAUAAAACUCUGAAAACAAAAACAGAGGAGUUAAUAAAUUCCCAAUAUGCUAAUGCUAGCGACAAGUUGAACAUGCUUGCAAAUAAUUUGGAGAGCAAGGAAGAGGAAAUGAGAACUGCUCUCGAAGACAAAUCUCUCGAGAUUCAACAAAUCAAGACUAUUUUGGAUGCAAAGCAAUCCCAGAUUUCAAAACUAAAUGCUACUCUUGAGUUGAAGGAUAACAAAAUAAAGACGUUAGAAGGGAACAUUAAACUAUUAGAAGGGGAACUUAAAUCCAAGAGUAAAGAGAUAUCAACCUUUGAAUUCUCAACAAAGAACGAAAUAGAAAGCUCUAUAAAGGAAAAGCAGAAUAAAAUCAAUGAUUUGAAGAAUAAACUGUCUAUGAAGGUCAUCAGACUUACUAAGCAAGAAGAGAAAGUUGCUGAUCUCAAUAAAAAGCUAACCCAAGAAAAAGAAGAAUCUAUGAAGAUGCAGAAGACAAUGCAGGAGACUAUUGAUGAACUUAAGAAAUUCAACGAAGAAACUACCCAAAUGUACAAGUCUAAGCUGUACCAAUCUGAAAAUGAACUUGAGACUGUGAAGAAGGACAUUGAGUCACAAAAAUAAUAGAAUUUAUACAGCAGUUGACAGUGUGAAAGCUGAUCUCAAUAUAAAGAUCUCCGAGAGAGACGUUGUAAUUGAGAAAAUGAAAAGCCAAAUAUCUAUUUUGAAAUCUAAGGGGAAGUCAAAUCAAAGUCAAGAGAGACAUUGGGUGAUUGAAUCAAACCUCAGAGAUAUCAUUUCAGAGCAUAAACAAACACUUAUAAAAGAGAAGAGUCAAAGAGAAAAGGUUGAGAAGGAAUUAGAAAUGUACUCAGAGAUGCUUAUUAAGACUAAGACUGAAUGGGCUAACUGAGAGCAUGAAAAAGAAAUCUACAAAUUUGAAUCCUUGAAAAAAGACGAGGUUAUUGAAGAAUAUGAGACUGAAUACAAUAGCUUAGAAGCUGAAUAUCAGAAAUUAUUAAAGAAAUCAAAAAAGAAUUAAUGAAAGAAAGCUCUUUCAUAAAGAAAUCAAGUUAUCAUAAAUACACCUGAAAU